AUGAGCAACGUCAUCUCCUGUGUAUCAUGGGUAAAAUGCGGCAUCUCAGCCAACCAGCCCUCCAAAUAUGUCCUCAAUGAGAAGGAACUCGAGCGCGUCACACGUUCUGAGGCGCAUGAUGCGGAUGAUAAUGGUGAUGAAGAUGCAUGGGUCGAUGAGGAGGAUGCGUCGAUGGAGGUGGACGGGAUGUACAGGUCGAUGUGCCUGAGAAGGCGGACGAUCUUGCGCAGCACAAGUUGGAUGAAUACCACGAUUGCAAUGUCAAAGAAGAUGGCAUGGGUCCAUUCAGCAAUAUUAGAGGACUUGCAUUUUAUAGAAAUAACUAGGACGAUCCAUAUAUCACACUCAAAGACGUACGGUUGCCUUGUCUCUCUUUUACUUGCAUCUAACACCGUGCAGGACCCCGAACAUGACGAGCGCUCAGAACUCGAGAUCCUCCCAACAGACAACCUCCUAGCCAUCGCAAACACAGAAGACGACAUUUCCCAACUCGAGAUAUCUAUAUCUACGACGGAUCCCAAGACAACCUCUACACUUUCCACACCUCACUCUCGUUUCUCUCCCUCCCACACCAAUCCUCUUUUAGUGUUAUAUCGCGUCGAUCUCUUUCCUACUCCUUCUCGCAGUUACUUCCUCCCAAACCAAAUGGACCAAAGUUCAAGGCGUAGACCCAACUUCAGAACUUUCUUUCCUUAUAUUCCAAACGAGGUCAAGCAUAGAAAAUGCACAUCUCGUAUACAGCUCAAGGUCCUGGAAGAUAUAUUUCGUAAAGAUACAAAACCAAAUGCUGCCCUGCGUAACAAGUUAGCAGCAGAACUUGAUAUGCUUCCACGUGCGGUCCAGGUGUGGUUUCAAAACAGGCGUGCAAAGGACAAGGCUCUUCGUAACAGAGUUCAGGACUCGACUCAGCAGGAUUCUCCUUCGGCUCACUCUCCUCAAAAGUCUCAGUCUUCCAGGGACACCUCCCCCAAUGACUCUUCCAAUUCUUCCACCCCCACGGAAAAACCCACGCCCCUGCAGAAGACGAUCAACCACCCUCACCAAAGCCACACCCAUCCUCUUACAAAGUUUUCCUUUUCUCUUCCUGCGCCCCCUACAGAAGCUUGGCACAGUAACCUAGCCACUCCUGCCGAAAUUCCCCCACAUGUUCGCCAUUUGCCAGUGGACUUGACUUGGCAGGACAAUAAUGACCUUCUGAACACACGUAGAGGGUCGCUGCCAAUCACCGCGUCCACGCCAAGUACAGACGCCAACCAGCCACCUUCCCACUUCCCAGAUAGACGCAAGUCUAUGGACGUCAGUCUCCUUAGGUUCAUGCAUCAUCCGUUCGCACGCGUUGCAAAAGAGAAGAAUGACGCGAUCUUUCUCAGGCCGCCCAUAUCUCCUGCAGGGUCGGGUCAGUCCAUGGCCCGUCCACCGUCCGGCCUCGGUGCGCCAAGCAUACGUGCAACAAGCUACAGCUGUUAUACUUCCUACAACCCUCACACCUGCCCUUCUUCGGCUCAUAGAGCGUCAGAGCCCCAUGUCUUCUCGCCUACUCGCUCCUCCCUUGUACCGGAGAUUCGUCCACCGUUUCCGUCCUCGCACGUGCCGCGCCAGCUCUCGGACAACCGCUUUACAAUGAGCUCUAGAGCGCUCCCGUCGCCUAUUCCUGGCCCCCUGCCAAAGCCUGAUUUCCAGGUUGGCGCUCCGACUUCUGGGUCCCCUCCACAUGUCUCACCGGAUGCAGAAUUUCCCUGGAACCUGCACGCAUGGGCAUUUCCUCGCAACGAGGCAGAUCAGGACACGGAGGAUUCAAACAGUUCUACUGGAUUAUCUAGAUUCGGCUCGAUUGCUAGCAUCUGUGGGAGCGACACCAGCGCGACCAGUGCAAUUUAUUCGGACGUCAGCAGUUGUGUUGGCGUCGAUCAUUUCGAUUCUAAUGGCAGGAAAGGGUCUUGUGCAUCCAACCUCGAAACACGUAUGUCCGGUUUGAACAUGCGGUCCAGCCAGGGAUCGCUCAAUGAGGCUCACUCAAACGCCGCGUCUUCAUUUUCCUACCAACACAGGGAACACCUGUCAUCACAGGAACCAGGGUACUCUUCCCCUACUUCCACUGUUUCACCCGGCGGAAGUCCACACUCUGGAUACAGCAAGGACCCUGGCCCUUCGGGUCUGCGAACGAGCGAGGUUUUGUUUGGUUACAGUCCUCUCCCACCUGAAACUAGCGCCAACACCUAUCUAGAUCCCAUGGAGCCCACCACAGCAAGCCGCAGGCUCAGUAUACCCACCAUCCAAGAAGGAGUGCUGCACAAUCAUAUUCAGAACAACAUCGAACACAACUCCUCAUAUCCCACGCCCGUAGACACGACGGCCCCGUCCAACGUAUAUUAUUUCGCCCCAGAAUCCAACCAAUACUUCCACACAGGAAACUAUCCACCAUCUCCGCGGGAUGGCACGUUUCCUCCCACGGAGACCUCAUACGCCCAACCUGGAUUGCAGAUGCUUCUCGCUGCGCCAUCGCUCCCCAUUCUUCAACAAGCCGCUCGUGUCAUGCUACGAUUAAGUCUAGCGUCUCAGACCUCAAUUUUUCAUCUGUCGGAUGUUUUCAUGGUCGUAAUUGGCAUUCUCGAACAAUUGGAGCAUUGCAUAGAUUUCAGCAAGUCUAGUUCCGUCAACGGACCUGCCAUCCCUUCUAAGCCGCCGUACCACGGUCAUGGGCUGCAUAUUCAACCACCAGUACCUGAUCCCGUGCGUGGGGUGGUAUUGUCGAGGACUUAUGGCAGGCGAGUGUGGUGCUUGACAAAAAGUUCGUGA